AGGUAUUGCUCUGGAAAGCAGUGCCGUCAUGGAUUUUAUGAACACAAACAGUGACCAGAAGGAGGAAAUGGAGCUGUUGCUCCCCUAUUUCAAUGUGUCUGAUGUGGUCACUAUAAUGGAAAACCUCUAUCGAGAUGGGGAAGUAUGUGCCGUGGGCAAGAGUGCGGUAAAAAGCAAGUCAAGAGACUUACUACGAGGAGAGAACAGACUCUUUAUUCCUCAGUGGGCAGGAAACCUCUCUGCUGUCUUCUGUUAGAUAUGGAACUACUAAAGAGUUACUCAGAUUUGCCAAUCAGUUUGGCAGAUGCGAAGCAUUUACACCAAUGUUUGCAGCAGGAAUGUGGAAUCAUACUGAACAAGAUGCUCACCAUCAAGGACGGGCGAUACCAGACAGACACUGAUGUGCUGCUGUUUCCAUGGAAAAUGACAUACCGGAGUCAUGGCUCAGAGUUUAUCCCCAGGGGUGCUUUUGGGAAAGUCCACUUGGCACAAGAUACAGCAACCAGAAAGCGGAUGGCGUGCAAACUGAUCCCGGUGGAACAGUUCAAACCAGCUGAUGUGGAGUUUCAGGUGCAGUUUCAGCACGAGAACAUCGCUGAGUUAUAUGGAGCUGUGUUAUGUAACAACAUGGUUCACCUGUAUAUGGAGGCUGGGGAAGGAGGGUCCGUCCUGGAGAAGCUGGAGAGCUGUGGCCCUUUGCGGGAGUUCGAAAUUAUUUGGGUGACCAAACAUAUUCUUAAAGGGCUCGACUUUCUACACUCCAAAAAUGUCAUCCACCAUGACAUCAAACCGAGCAACAUUGUCUUCAUGUCCACAAAAGCCGUCCUGGUGGAUUUCGGCCUCAGCAGUCAGAUGACGGGUGACCUGUAUUAUCCGAAGGACUUGAGGGGAACUGAGAUCUACAUGAGCCCAGAAGUGGUUCUGUGCAGAGGACACUCUACAAAGGCAGAUAUAUACAGUAUGGGUGCCACCAUCAUUCACAUGCAGACUGGGAAUCCACCCUGGGUGAAAAGAUACCCGCGAUCAGCAUAUCCCUCUUACCUCUACAUUAUACACAAGCAAGCACCUCCACUAGAAGACAUUGCAGAAGAUUGUAGUCCCAUCAUGAGAGAUCUGCUGGUCUCAGUAUUGGACAAGAACCCAAACCAGCGUCCUUCUGCAGCAGAGCUUCUGAAACACGAGGCCCUCAACCCUCCCCCAGAGGACCAGCCACGCUGCCAGAGCCUGGACACAGCACUUCUGGAGCGCAAGAAACAAAUGAAAAAGGAAUUCGAGCUUCCUGAAAACAUUGCAGAUUCUUCGUUGUACACCAGUGAGGAGUCUGAGAUGCAGAAGAGACAGCGGACACUUUCGAUUGAUCUUGGUGCCCUUGCUGGCUACUUCAACCUGGUCCGAGGCCCUCCAACUGGGGAAUAUGAAUGCGAAUAG